AUGCAUGAUAAAAAUUUGAUUAUUAUUGGUACUGAUAAUUUGUCCUAUUUUUAUGAGACACAACCUGAAUUUUUGGAAAUUCCGACUAUUUUUGGUACAAUCAGAUACAAAGCUAGAAGAGAUAUAGCUCAAGUUUGUAAUUUAAAUGCAAGUACCAUUCCAAUUAUUGUUCAAUCUAAUAACGAAAGUUUUUCUGAUGAAAAAACAAUUAUUGAAUCUGAAUCAUUGAAAGAAGAAUUUUUAUCAAAAUCUGAUAGAGAAUUAGCUGAGCUCGAAGUUAAAAAUGAUUUAAAUAUAGAUGACGACGAAGUUGAAGAUGAUAUUCAAGUUGAGCGAAAAAAUGGUGGUCGCUAUGAAGCUCGGUUGCCAUUUUUAUCGGAUCUUCGACCUAAAUGUAAUUUUGAUAAAGCCCUUUCCGUUUUGAAUAAAUUAUUGAAACGUUUGGAUUGCAAAAGUAUGAGAAAUAUUUAUGAAAAGCAAUUGAUGGCAUAUGUUGAAAAUGAUCAAGCUAUUGAAGUAUCCGAUCCAAUUGGUUAUUUUCUGCCACAUCAUCCAGUUUUUCGUGAUUCAAUUUCUACACCUUUACGCGUAGUGUUUAAUGGCUCAUUUGGUUUUGAAGCUAUAAACGAAUUAUUAUGGAAAGGAAAUGCUCGUGGUUUAGAUGUGUUUGAUCAUUUGUUACGAUUUAGAAAAGGAAAAUUUGCGGUAACGGCUGAUUUGUCAAAAGCCUUUUUACAAGUAUUGAUUCAUCCAGAUGAUCAGAAAUAUUUGAAAUUUUUGUGGAAAAAUUCUGAUAAUGAAUUGAAGAUAUAUCAGAUGAAGGUAUUGCCUUUCGGAUUAGUAUCAUCUCCAGCCAUUUUAACCGCUGUGACUAAAAAGUUGUUAUGUGAACAAGAUUUAGAUCAGAUAGCUAACGCUAUAUAUAUGGACGAUAUUAUUUGGGCAUUAGAUUCCGAAUCCAUAUUGGUUGAUACGGUUAACAAAGUAAAAGAUAGUUUUAAAAAUGCUGGUUUCGUCAUGCAUAAAGUGCAUUCGAAUAGUCAAAUUUUAUCAUCAAAAUUUGAAUCAGAAGAUUGUAUUGAAACAAAAGUUUUGGGCACAAUUUGGAAUACCAAAAUGAUAAAAUUUCGAAUGUAAUUCCACAAAUACAGCCGGUUCAAACAAAGAGAGAUUUGCUAGCAAUUAUUGGUAAAUUCUUCGAUCCAUAUGGAAUUUUUGAUCCUUGGAAAUUGAAAUUGCGUCUCUUAUAUCGUACUGUCAUAAAAAAUGAAUGGGAUAGUCCAAUUUCGAAUGAAAUUAAAAAUCAAAUCGAUCUGCAUUUGCAAGAUGCAAAUCAGCUAUCGAAAUUGAAAAUGGAUCGAUGUGUACCAUCGAAUGGCGAAAUACACGGAUUUUCUGACGCAUCAACUUCAGCUUAUGGAUAUGUCGUAUUUUUGAAAAAAGAUGAUGAAUUCCACUAUUUAUUCGGAAAAUCAAA